AUGGCGCCUUCAACUUCGCUUUCGUCGUCCUCCUCCUGGUGGACGUCUGCGCUGGCCACGGUGGCUCUGGCGCUGUUGGUUACGCUGUCGGGCGGCCCCCGGGGUUGCGCGGCCAACAACAUCUACGGCUCCGGGGCCAUCAACGUGCAGGAGGUGUUCGCCAGUCUCACCAAGCUGUACCGCUACGACCGCGACCGCGUGUUGAUCACCUUCCAGACCUCCACCAUCCCCCAAGCCCUGGCCAAGUACACCGCGGGCGAGCUCGACUUCUUCAUCUCCGACGUGGGCCUCAGCGCGGCCCAGCUGAGCCCCUUCAACGGCAUCCAAAUACCCAUGAUGGGCACCCCGCUCGUCGUCGCCUUCAACCUGCCCGGCUUCGGGGUGGGCGACAACCUCGUCAUGGACCGCGAGACCUUGGCUCGCAUUUGGAAGGGCGACAUUCGUCAGUGGGACCACGAGGACAUCGCGCAGUGGAACGAGGGGGUAACGCUGCCCUCGCUCAACAUCUCGAUGACCUACUGGAGCCCGUCGACCAGCGCCCUGGGCUACACGGCUGUCUUCAAGACUGCGCUCUCGAGGUUCUCGCCGGCCUUCGCCGCCGCUCUAGCCGCGGCGAACAACGCGCUGGAGCAGAUGGAACCGUCGCUGGGUCCCAACAAGUGGGCCUUCGCCGGGGACCCCUUCGAGACUGGCGACAAGCGGAUCAACCUGACCGCGGCCACGCCCGGCAUGAUGACCUACAUGGAGCGCCAGAAGGCCGACGCGAUGGGCCUGCCCUACAUCCGCCUGAUCAACCGGGCCGGCAAGACCGUGGACGGGUCGCCGGCAGCGGUGCAGGCCGCCAUGGACCAGUUCAGCGACCUGAUCAACAACGGCACGCUCGUGAUCGACGUGGUGGACUCGAACGGGACCGACGCGUGGCCGAUGAGCUACAUCAGCUACCUGACCCUGUCCAAGACCAUCAGCCCGACCACCGGCGGCUGCUCGCGCGCGAGCAACAUGCUGCUGUUCCUCAGCUGGACGCAGCUCAACGAGGCCGUGGCCGACGUGUUCGUCGAGAACCAGUUCGCGCCGCUCACCAACCCCUACCGGCGGCGGCUCAUCAACGAGCUCUACACCAUCACCUGCCAGGGCACGCCGGUGCUCACCACGCCCGUGCUGCUGGGCAUCGGCGAGGAGAUCGACCUCAUGGGCGACUGGACCCAGGAGUUCCAGACUGAGUCCUUCGCCAUCAAACACUUCGAGGCCACCAGCGCCCAGGCCAUCGAGCAGAUGCGCCUCGGCGAUACCGACUACGCCGUCUCCUAUACCUGGUCUCCCACGACCGUCGAUGUCACUCCCACCUCCAAACGCGACGUCGAGGACAGCGACAUUCUUGGCAUUCCUGCGGUGGCCUACGCGCUGGUGCCGGCCUACUUUGUGUCGAACCUGUCUUCGCAGCCGAGCCUGGUCAUGACACUCGACGUGCUCGCCUCGGUGUUCGCCGGCCUGGUGACGCAGUGGAACGACACGGCCAUCGCCGCGCUCAAUCCGUCGGUCGCCGCCUAUCUGCCCUAUCAUGCCAUCCGCCUGGUGGUGGGCUGCGAUAACACAUCAACCGUCGAUUCCAUGCUGACGCAGGCCUUCGCUGGGCUGGCCAACGGGGCCUCGGCCAUUGCGGGCUACCAGGCGGUGGCCUGCACCAGCGACCCGGUGGCCGCCAUCAGCGCGGCCGACUACUCGCUGGGCGUGUGGUUCUCGACCCAGGUCAUCACGCAGGUGCGCAACGUAAAGGCCGCCUCGCUGGUCAACCCGGCCAACACAGUUGUGUCGGCCAACCAGACCUGCAUCCUGGCCGCCGUCCUGGACUUCGCCGCCAAUACCACCGCACUCCACCUGGUCAACGGCCCGGGUCGGCUGAGCUGGCCGCUGGUGGGGUACGCCGUGCUCACCAUCUACGCCCAGGCGCCCGGCGACUACUCGACGGCCCAGGGCCUGCUCGACUGGGUCUACUGGACGCAGACUUCGACCCAGGCGUCCACCGUGGCCAACAACUACAACCUCGCCGUGCCCGGGCUGGUGCCCGAGGUGCGCCGUCGCACGAUCAACACUCUGGCCUCGGUUCAAUCGACGUCGACCGGGGCCUACGUGUUCUCGCUGCAGGCCUGUGUCAUCAACGGCACGAUCUGCUCCGACCGCGGCAGCUGCGUCGGUGGCCAGUGCUCGUGCGCGGCCGGCUGGACCGGCGACCACUGCCAGUUCGCUCAUUCGGCCGCCGGCUCGUCCUCAUCAGACGUGCUCGCGCCGGUCCUGGGCUCAGUGCUGCCCGCCAUCGCGCUGCUGGUGGUGAUCGCCAUCGUGAUUAUCGUUGUGCUGCUGGUAACCAUGCGCCGGCGCAAGAUCCAUGAUGACUGGGAGAUCGCCUACGAGGAGCUCGAUGUCGGCGACAUGCUCGGCCGCGGCGGCUUCGGUGAGGUCUACAAGGCCAAGUGGAAGGGCUCCGAGGUCGCCGUCAAGGUCGUGGGCGCCGGCACCAUUAGCAAGGACGGCCGCGACAGGUUUGUGAACGAGGCCAGGAUCAUGAGUCACCUGAGGCACCCCAACGUGGUGUUGUUCAUGGCGGCGUCGACCAAGCCGCCCAAGAUGUGCAUCGUCAUGGAGUUCAUGGCCCUCGGCUCCCUCUACGACCUGCUGCACAACGAGCUCAUUCCGGAAAUUCCGCUCGUCUUGAAGGUCAAGAUGAUCCACCAGGCGGCCAAGGGCAUGCACUUCCUCCACUCGUCGGGCAUUGCGCACCGCGACCUCAAGUCGCUCAACCUCCUGCUCGACAACAAGUGGAACGUCAAGGUCUCCGACUUUGGCCUCACCAGCUUCAAGGAGUCGCUCGGCAAGGGCCGCGGCGGCAACGGCAGCGCGACGGUCGAGGGCAGCGUGCCGUGGAUGGCGCCCGAGGUGCUCGAGGAGGCCAACGAGGUGAGCCACGAGCUGGCUGACCUCUACAGCUACGGCAUCAUCAUGUGGGAGGUGCUGACCCGCAGCCAGCCUUACGCCGGCCUCGCCCCGGCGGCCAUCGCAGUCGGCGUGAUCCGCAGCGACCUCCGGCCCAAGCUGCCCAGCGACCUGGUCGAAGCUGAGGCCGGUUACGUGGAGCUCAUGCAGGCCUGCUGGAGCCGCGACCCGACCAUGCGUCCGUCGUUCGACCACAUCAUGUCCCAGCUCAAGACCCUGAUCGAGCUGUCCAGCGGCGGCUCGAGCCACAUCAGCGGCACCACCAGCGGUAGCAGCAGCAGUAGCAGCAGCCUGCCGGUGGUCAGGCGCGGCCCCGGCCAGGCCCUGGUGCGCGACGGCAGCAGCGUAUCGGGCAGCAGCAACGCCUCGAACGAGCACCGCUCCGGCGGCUCGAGCUCCGGCGGACGGCCCGACGUGGUGGCCCGCCACAGCGUCGCACCGCGGCGUGACGUCACCUUCGUGGUGUGCGACCUAGCCCGGUGCAACGAGUCGUGGCAGAGCAACCCCGCGGGCACGGCCAAGGCGGUCACCCGCUACGGCCGCCUGGUGCGCAAGCUGGUGGCGCCCAGCGAGGCCGACGAGACCCGCCACGCCAAGCACGCCGGCGGCUACGUGUUCUCGCGGUCGAGCCUGCACAGCGGUGGCACAUACCUGGUGGCCUUCGGCAGCCCUCUGCGCGCGGCCUCCUUCGCGCUCGAACUCCAACAGGCCGUGCGCGACGGCAAGUGGCCCAAGGACGUGCCCCGGCUCAACUCGCGCGUCGCAGUGCACCACCGGCCCGGCCCGUGCCGCGCGCCCGUGGACGACCUGACACGUACCGGCUACGAGCCAGCACAGUACAAGGAGGCCUGCGAGCUCAACCUCCGGUGCCCGCCGGGGCGAGUUGCCUGCUCGCCCGACUUCCGUGCAGUCGUGCUGGCGCUCCUCGAUGAGCAGCCGUCGGCCCAGUCGCCCGGCCGUGUGCGGCGAACGACGCCCAGGAAGAACACCAACGUGAUGCUCAACGACGCUCAGUUCACGUUCCGUUGGCGCGGCGAUGACGUCUACAGCCUAGAGUCGGGCGAUGACACCGCCAGCAAUCACAGCGGCAGCCACAAUGGCGACGACGACGAUGACAACGACGGCGAGGUGUGGGACGAGCGGUUGGACCAAGGCAUGGGCCUGUGCUCGUCGAACUGGUGCCCGUGGAUCAUCGACCGGCGCAAGAUCACGACGGGCGUCGAGGUCGGCCGGGGCAACUACGGCCAGGUGAGCGAGGGCACCUACGACGGCCGCCGCGUGGCGGUCAAGCAGCUCUACAAAGGCCGACUGGAUGAUGCGGCCAUGGUCAAGAUGCGCAAGGAGGCCGCCCUGCUGAGCGACAUCGACCACCCGCACGUGGUCAAGCUGAUCGGCCUCUCGAUCGCUGAAGGAGGCAGCCCGAUGCUGGUGAUGGAGCUCAUGCCGCGCGGCAGCCUGCGCGACCUCCUGAGUAACCGCUCGGUCAAGCUGACGUGGAGCCGCCGCCUGAGAAUGCUGCGCGAUGCCGCGCUCGGUAUCGCGCACCUGCACGAGCGCGGCGUGCUGCACCGGGACAUCAAGUCGUCCAACCUGCUCGUCGACGAUGACUGGAGCGUGAAGGUGGGCGACUUCGGCUUCGCCACAGCCAAGCAGGACAACGGCACCAUGACCCGCUGCGGCACGCCCUGCUGGACCGCGCCAGAGAUCAUCAGCGACAGCUUCAAGCACAGCGAGAAGGCCGACGUUUACAGUUUCUCGAUCGUCAUGUGGGAAGUGCUCACGAGGGAGACGCCCUAUCACAACAAGAACAUGACCACGGUGGCGAUGGACGUCAUCAGCGGCGAGCGGCCGCCGGUGCCAGCCGACUGCCCCAAGACCUAUGCCGACCUCAUGGAGCGCGCGUGGAACGGCAAACCCAGCAAGCGGCCUGACAUGGAGGAGAUCAUCAUGUUCCUCAACGCGGAAGCCGAUGGCGUUGAUGUGUGA